UCACAGAAAGUGUUCCAGAGUUUAAGCCGUCCCUCAGAGGUUGUCCUCCCCUCCCACCUCCGUAGGAGUUGGUAGCGUCCAUGCUCCGGGCGGGGAGCCAGAGCUGCACCUGAACCGAGCGCAGAGUUCGGAGCGGCUGGGCAGCGAGUCGGGCGCGCCUGAGGGAACUUCAGGCGGGCUUUUGGCACUCCAGGAACUAAGUGAAGAGCCCCAAAAGGAGGAGGAAGAAAGAAGUGGGGACUGAAUUUGCCCAUCCCGCCUUCAUCAAUCCCCCCCUUUUUUUUUUGCCUGAGGACCGUUUCUGUCAGGUCCCUGCGGAGGGGGGGUGGACAUGACGCCUCCGACGCCGCCUGGGCCAGCCGCGCUGACGCUCCUGUGGCUCUUGGGCAGCGCCUGGAGACCAGAUCCUGCCACUGCAAUACAAGUCACAGUGCAGAACCCAUUCAAUGUGGUCAUUCUGUUUCAGCCUGUCACUCUGCAAUGCAAUUACCAGACUUCAGCCACCCAGCCACCUAUUGUCUUGUGGAAGUACAAGUCUUACUGCCGGAGCCGCCUGGCAGAUGCUUUUAACCCCAGCAGCCAGGAAACCCUGGUCACCAAUCAGCUACAGCAGACCAACCCUGGAUACAAUCCCUAUGUGGAGUGCCAAGACAAUACGCGAACUGUGCGAGUGGUGGCUACCAAACAAGGCAACACAGUGACUCUUGGGGAGUUUUACCAGGGCAGGCGCAUCACCAUCACUAAUAAUGCUGACCUCAGCAUAGAGCAGACGGCAUGGGGGGACAGCGGUGUGUACUACUGCACUGUAACAUCAUCUCAAGAUUUGCAAGGCAACAAUGAAGCCUAUGCUGAGCUCAUUGUGUUGGGCAAAUCCUCCGGUGUCUCAGAGCUUUUGCCAGGCUUUCAGAUAGGGCAUAUGGAAGACUGGCUCUUUGUCGUCUUGGUGGUGCUUGGGUUUUUUCUGCUCCUUCUGCUGCUGGGGAUCUGCUGGUGCCAGUGCUGCCCUCACACGUGCUGCUGCUACGUCCGAUGCCCCUGUUGCCCAGAGAAGUGCUGCUGCCCCGAAGCACUCUACCUUGCAGGAAAAGCUGCAACUACUGGAGUUCCAAGCAUUUAUGUACCUAGCAUCUAUGCACCCAGCAGCCAACUGAAAUCAGGACCCCCACCUACUAUGAUUCCCAUGGGUCCAGCACCUUCUAUGUACAAUGGCUACGGAGUGGAUUAUGACAGGGCCAGUUCAGUUGGUGGAAACAGCUCGCAGGUGCCUCUCCUGAGGGAUACAGAGAGUGCUGUAAAUGCUGCUGUGCGCAGUGGCUACCGCAUCCAGGCCAACCAGCAGGAUGACUCCAUGAGGGUACUCUAUUACAUGGAGAAGGAGCUGGCCAACUUUGACCCCUCCCGCCCAGGCCAGCCUAAUGGGAGGCUUGAGAAAGCUUCUGUGAUGAGUGAGCUGAGUUCUCUGCAUGAGGAUGAUCGGCGCUAUGAGCUGCGGCAGGGGAUGGGGCGGCUGCGGAACCAGGCCAUGUCACCCAUCAGUGACAUGGAAGAGGAGAGCCUGCGAGGCAGUGAGCAUCGGCGCUUGCUACCGCCCGCUCGGCGGGACCGCUAUGAGGACUCCCCACCACAAAGCUACGGUCAUCGGCCACGGUCCCGCUCGAUGGAUGCUUUAGAUGAUUUGGACAGGGACCCCUACCCUGCCCGGCCCAGAAGCCGUGGCCGCCGUGGCUCAGAUGAUGAGUGGCAUCGUCGCGAUUAUUCCCCAGACUCCCGCAAUGACUAUGACCGCUAUGGAGGACGGCGUAGCCGGAGCAGGGAUGAUUUACGGGACCUGGAGCGAUCCAACUAUGAUGACCGGCUCCUGGAAGAAGCACUGCGGAAGAAGCAACGAGCAGCCAGCCGUGAGGAUCUGGAUCACGGGAGUGCAUCCAGCAGUGGAAGAUCCGGGAAUAGAAAGAAACGAGAUGAGGACAGCAAUGGCUUUCCUCCUCCUCCUCCUCCUCCCCCUUAUACAGAGACGGAAUCCGUUUCUUCACGUGGCAAGAAUGACCGCAAGCUUCGGAAGAAUCAUGCUGUCAGCAGGGAAAGCUUGGUGGUUUAACUCUUCCCACUUCUGUGUCUCUUCCUUGCGUGGCUGAGAAAGGUCCUGCCCGUGCCUUGGAGGGCAGAAGGGACAGUCUCAGUCUGUUGGCAUGAAUUUUAUUCAGAAGGAUUCCAAGUCAGACGAAGCACACCUUUUACCUAUGUGUCAACAGGACAGGUGAUCUGGAUAACAGUUGAGCAGCUGAUCCUUUGAGCCUUAUUUUCCCAUCAUGUGCAGGCUGAAUUUUUUAAGGACUCUGGACACCUGGCUUGUACAGAACCCUCUAAGUCCUUUGUUGCCAUUCUUUUUAAUUGUGUGCCCUUUUUUUAAAUGUAGUGUUCCAGUAAGAGAACACUUGAAGUACUGGAAACAGAAGAGCAGCAAUUUUACUCCACUGAACAGCAGACGGAGAUCCUACUGUCUCUUUCCUCAUUUUUUUAUAAUUAUGAAGAUUAUUUCAGAGUGGACCCAUUUAAUUGUGUAAUUUUUUUUCACUUAGAUUUUAAAGUGGUUUAUACUUAUCUGGUAUCUGUGUGGCCUUGUAUGUGUGUGUGUGUAUGUGUGAGAGAGAUUGAGAAUUGCUUUGUUCCCCACUUUUCCAAACAUCAAACCGCUGGUGCUGUAAAUAUACUUAAGUGAUAAACAGCCAUGUUUUUUUAUCUUGUACUUUUUUGAGAUUGCCAUUUUAUAUCAAUGAAAAUAAAAUUAGUAGAAUAGAA